AUGUCGAGCGGGCAGGUGCUCAAGGCCGAGAAGGACUUCACGAAGGAGGUCGACAAGGCGAUUCCCGAGGCAGAGAAGCUCGGAACUAGCAACCCGCAGGCGGCAAUCGAGAAGCUACUUCUGCUUGAAAAGCAGACCCGCCAGGCCUCCGAUCUCGCGUCGACCUCUCGGAUCCUUAUAGCGAUAUGCACAAUAGCUAAGAAUGCGGGAGAUUGGAGUUUGCUCAACGAGCAGGUGCUCUUGCUCUCGAAGAAGCAUGGUCAGCUGAAGCAGGCCACCACCAAGAUGGUCCAGACCGUGAUGGGAUUCUUGGAUGACACCCCAAGUCUGGAGACAAAGCUUUCAGUCAUUGAGACAUUGCGGACGGUCACCGAGGGCAAGAUCUUUGUCGAGGUUGAGCGGGCUAGGAUCACGCGGAUACUAUCGAACAUCAAAAAGGAACAGGGCGAUAUCAAUGCUGCCACCGACAUUCUGUGCGAGUUGCAGGUCGAGACCUUCGGUUCCAUGACGCGCCGCGAGAAGACUGAGUUUAUCCUACAGCAGGUAUCGCUAUGCAUACAGAAAGGCGACUGGACACAGGCUGGCAUUCUUGCUAGGAAGGUCAGCACCCGGUAUUUCACGCGCAAGCCCAAGAAGACGGCGGAGCAGCUGGAGAAGGAGCAGAAAGAGCGAGAGGAGAAAGAGAAGGCGCGGAGCGCUGAUGACCCACCAGUGGAGCCAGAAGACGAUGUGACCGACCUGAAGCUCCGCUACUACGAACAGCAGAUCACUCUUGCCAAGCACGAAGACAAGUACCUCGACGUAUGCAAGCACUACCGACAGGUGUUGGAUACUGAGGCUGUGGAGGAGGACCCGAACAAACUGAAGGCUAUCCUCCAACGCGUCAUUUACUUCAUCAUCCUUGCGCCGUAUGACAACGAGCAGUCCGACCUUAUUCACCGCAUCCAACGAGACUCGCGUAAUUCAAUGAUACCGCAGGAUGCGCAACUGAUCAAGUUGUUCACCGUCCCCGAGCUGAUGCGGUGGCCUAUGGUGGCUAAGCAAUUCGGUCCUCAUCUCACGGAGACGGAUGUGUUUGACGCCGAGGCGGACGAUUCGGACGACCCCAAGGCACACAAGAGGUGGCAGGACCUGCGCAAGCGAGUGAUCGAACACAACGUUCGUGUAGUGGCCAAGUAUUACACACGCAUUCAGAUCCCCCGGUUAACCGAGCUGCUUGAUCUGACUGAGGAUGAGACGGAGAAGUACAUCAGCGAACUGGUCACGGCAAAGACCAUCUACGCCAAGAUCGACCGACCAGCCCGCAUCGUCAGCUUCGCUAAGCCUAGAGACGCUGAUGAUGUGUUGAACGAGUGGAGCGGGAACAUGAAGAGCUUGCUUGGACUCCUGGAGCGCAUUGAUCAUCUGAUCACCAAGGAAGAGAUGAUGGCCCGCAUCCAAGGAGCAAAGCUUGACAAGAGUAGCAAACUCUCUAAGGGAAAGGCGAAGUGA